AUGAGCGAUAACCCCGACGCAUCGAAUUCCGACUGGCUUCACGACUUCAAAAGACUGGUGUCUAGUGCGCGUGUCACAACUCACGAAGUGACCUCAGUUCUGUGCCUUCUCUCUGCGAGUAUUACGAACCGACAGCCUCUGCCGCCUUACCUGAAGACUCCUCGACCGUACAGUUUUACAAAGAGAUUAGAAGCGCUUGACAAAGACAUUCUCAGCAUCAAGCACAUCGCAGAGCCGGGAUUCGCCACGUUUUCCGUACUGCAGAUUUCGACCAGAUGCAUUGUUGGAGACGUGGAGAGAUUGAUGAGGUGA